GUGAUAUCAAGGAUUACUUUCGAAGCAGAGAUGUUCAGAAACUCAUGCGUUGACUGUGCCAAAUUUCUAAUCACCAAAUACAAUUUGAUCAGAGCUCAUCUCAAACUCCAGCGAGCUCGUUUGUUUUCCAGAAACCAAUAUGGCGUAAACUAAAUUUUUUUGCAGUAAUAUCUGAGAUUUCAAACAAGAUUUUUAACGAACUGAAGUUUUGCUUUCGACUGGGUUGUGUCAAUACUGAUGCUAUUAUAAUUAUAGUGUUCUAAGAGAUCAAUUCUUCAAUUAGACUUUUAAAAUUUUUAUUUACCUUCAAAGGAUUCAAUUAACAAAACUUUCAAAAAAAGAAAAAUAAUCCUAAGUUUUGAAGUUCAAUUAGUUACUUAGUUUUAUCCGUUUCUUCUUCAGUUCUAUUAUUUACACUGAGCUGAAUAAUUUAUUCGUUUUUACUCUUUUUAAUCAUAAUAUUUUCAAUCAUUACAUUGCCCCGCUGAGUUUAUCAUUGGCCAUGAGUGGGGGGAACCCUGAACGCGGAAGGGGAGGGGGAGGGGGAGUCGGGGGAAGAGAGAGAACGUGGCAAGACUGGCUCACAGUGCUCCUCCUUUUCCUCACAUUCGGCCCAUGCAACGGAAUUCUCUACACGAUGGGCGUGUACCAAGCGUACUGGGUGACUAAUUUGGGCAUGGCCCCCACCCGGGCUAGUCUGAUCAGCAGCACCCUGUUCCUCAUGACCUGUCUGCCCUCCCCCUUCAUCUCCCUCUUAAUCCACAAGACUCGCUUCAGACCAAAUCUCAUGGUCGCGGCCGCCAUCCCCAUUCUCACAAUUGGUGUACUGAUGAACGCGUACUGUCACAACUUCUGGCUCCUCCUCCUAGCCAGUGGAGUCUUCCUAGGACCUGCUCAGAGUCUGAUGGAUGUCACCUCAAUGACAGCUGUCUAUCACUACUUUCUAGAUGAACACGUCUAUCUGUUCACAUCCAUUGUGUCAUCGGGGGUCGGUGGGGGCAUGAUUGUGUUUUCAGUUAUUUUCUUCGUGCUAGAACCCAAACUUGGCCUGCAGGGAAUUGGCUACGUUCAACUAACAGUGGCAUGGGUAAUAUUCAUCAUCGCCAUCUCAAUCUUCACUUUCGGACACAAAUUGGGCAUGAAAACGAAACACGAGAAGAACCGAAUUCCCAACGACAGAUGCGAAGUAUGCGCUACGAACGGUCUGCUAAUUAAACGCACAAAGUGUCCAUGCGCCUUACAUGCGCAGCUAUUAAUACACGGAGAAGCUCAUUCUGGGUUUGCAAAUGAUUCGUUCUCGAAGCCGAAAAGGCGUAGAAACGACAGUGAGUCGUCUCUCGUGAUGAUGUCGCGGAAUACUGUGUUGUCGGAUAGAUCGCACGUAGCAGCCGACGUUCUCGUAAAGUCGAUUUUCACAAAUAGCCGUUUUAUGAUGAUCGUGGUGUCGUAUGCUUUUUGCACUUCGGUUUUCAACACGGUAAUGUAUCACCAGCCGACCAGGUUGUUGGCGUUCGGAUUUUCCCUCAAUAACGGGGCCCAGUCUAUCGCAAUCAAUGGGUUUGUGCAGAUGGUGUUCCGAGUGACGGCUGGUCUGUUGGCAACAUCUAAUAGAGUAUCUCCCUUUAGACUGAGCGAGCUGUCCAAACUGGCUCUGGGCUUGCUAACUGUAGUGAGUACUUUCGUGCCCUACUUGUGGUGUCAGCUGCUCUACAUGUUCCUCAUUGGAGUCACAGGGGCAUUCAUAAACACCACCGACUUCCUACUAGUCAAGGACUGUAUGACUGAGGGGAGGGAGUUUGGGAUUGCACUUCUGUUCCUGGUGGAUGGAAUCUCCACUCUCAUCGUCGACACUCUUGUGGGCCACUUGUACCAAGAGAUCGGAUCAUACAACCCCAUAUUUAAGGCGAUGGGUGCUCUCUCUUGUAUCGGAGCUGUGCUAGGCCUCUCGGCAGAGCUGCUUCACAAAAGACAACGUCGCACUGGGAUUCCUUACGAGACUCUAUAGAACAAGAUAUAGAGAUAGAUAGCUUCCAACGAAAUAGAGGAAUUUCUGGAAGGUGUUACGAGGAGAGAGCGGGGCUGCAUAUUUUUUAAAAUCUAUUCAGCCCAGAAUCGAAAUAUUAUUAACGAGGCCGCAUUUUAAUCAAUUGCGAGACUCUAUUUGAAUGGGCAAUUUUGUUGAUGAUGUUUUUUUUUUCAUUUCCAUUUUCAAUUUUCGAGAAAUUGUUUAUCGGGCCAAAUAAAAAAACGACCCGAAUUGAAAUCAACUUCAUCUAAUUUGGCCGCUGAAAUAUCUUAACCAAACUACUUUUCCUAAUAUUGCUUUCUGUAGAAGUUUUAUAUAUCCUUUUUAUGGAUAAUUAAU